AUGUCGGACAUUUCAGACGACGACGCGAGCUCAGUCGGCAGCAUUGUCGAAGACGCAAGCGAGCCGGAUACGACUAGCUUCAAAGAUCUAUUCUCGGAUCGACAAUGGACUCGUGUGUCGGACAUGGUAGAGCACAACAAGGCUGAGAACGGGUUUGAUCUCAUUGCCACGAUCAAAGGGCUUGGACCAGACGCUGACGAACUCACCGUCAUCAAGUUGAUCAACUACCUCCGAGCGGAAGCUCAAAAAGGCACGGAGCCCAAAGCUAUCAAAGUAACCUUACAGGAGCUUGCGAGCGACAAAUACCUACAGCCAGUAUUAGAGGAUGAUGCCUUACUAUUUGAACUUGGGGAUCUCAUGCCGGAUGAUGACAGCAAGGCCAUCGACUACGAUGAAUACGAGGCGAAGAUGCACAAAGACAUGCAAGAAGACUUCUCCAAGAUCAAGUUGACCAACGACCGGGAUCAAGACUACUUCGAAUCGUACAAAGGCAACAGCAUUCACCGUGAGAUGAUCGAGGACCGGGUACGAACGGAGGGGUACCGUGACUUUAUCGAAAAGAACGCAGAGGUGUUCGCUGGAAAGACUGUACUAGAUGUGGGAUGUGGUACUGGCAUCCUCUCCCUCUUCUGCGCACGAGCAGGUGCCAAGAAAGUCUUCGCAGUCGACAACUCCGGCAUCGCAGUCCGUGCCAAAGAAAUCAUCGCAAAGAACGGAUACCAAGACCGUAUCGAACUCAUCCAGGGCCGUGCGGAAGACUUUAAUACGCAGCGCCUGAUCGGCAAGGAGAAAGUCGACAUCAUCAUCUCGGAAUGGAUGGGCUACGGCCUCCUUUUCGAGGGCAUGCUAGACUCUGUUCUGCGCGCACGAGACAUGUACCUCAAGCCAGAUGGCAUCAUGGUACCUUCGCACUGCAACAUCCGCCUUGCCCCAAUCUCAGACGCCGAUUGGAUAGCCGACAGCACGAGCGAAAAGUUCUGGAAAGACAUCUACGGCUUCGACUUCUCGCCUAUGGUCCCAGGCGGCCUACUCAACACACAUGAGAUCGGUGUCUUUGACGUCCCCGAGAAGGCCCUCUGCGGCAGCGCGACAAGCCAUCUACUCGAGAUGAAGACCGUGUCCGUGCAAGAUCUUAGCUUCAAGGUACCCCUUCGCAUGACGCUCGACCGCGACGUUGCAUCACUCGAAGCCAUAGCGAUAUGGUUUGACACCAUCUUCAUUCACCCUGGCAGCUCCCAGGAUGUCAAGACGCUGGAUAGUGUCGACUGGGGCAAGAAUGGUAUUCCCGGUCUGGGCUUUUCGACGGGACCGAACAAUACACCAACACAUUGGCAUCAGGCGGUCCUGCUGCUGGAUGAAGAGAUUGCGGAGAAGCAGGUGUACAAGAAGGGUACAGUGUUGGAGGGAAGCUUGACGUAUGCGAAGGAGAAAGGUGAUGAUCGGGGUAUCACGGUGACGGUGGAGUGGAAGGGGCAGGGAGAGCAGGGGGAUGUUGAAGGAAGGGUGCAGAGGACGAUGGCGUAA